ACAGAGGGAGGUUGCAUGAAGUUUUGCUCCACCCACCUGCACUUGCUCCUGUUGCUCAUUAGAUGCCUGUUGUAUUGUCACGGGAGACCUCCAACUAUCUGUGCCUGUCAUUGCUACAGCUAUGGGACGAGGGCUUUCGUGUGUUUAUUUGCUGCUCUUCGUGAUUUUUAAAGGUAAGAGGAAUAAAAAGUUCAGAUUGUCGACCAAACUUGACCGCACCCUGGAGGUAAGUAAAUCGGCGGACAAACUUUGGAGCAACAAAAUCUGUUAUUUCCACUAUUAUUACUUUUAUACCUUUCUUUAGUGUUGCUUAACUUGAUUGGUUCAUAUUGGGUCAUACCCAUAGACUGUAUAUAAGAUAUAUGUUAUAUACAGUCUAUGGUCAUACCUGAAGUCUUAAGAGCACCUUAACUAAGAUAACAGUACACAAUAUACCAUGUAAACGUUACUGUUGGGUUGGGCUGCCAAAGUAAAUAAAGCUUUACACUUUAAGCCUAUGUAAUGGUUUUCCCUGUAUUAUUUUAGCUAGCUGUUAGCUCGAAUUAGCUUUAAGUUGAGUUAAUGCUAACUACUCAAACCCACUAAAAAGUUAAAUGUGAUGUUAAGAGGAUGUUUUUCUACUUCUGUUGUAUGCCGAUUGGAAGUUAAUAUCACGAGAAGGCUAAUUUCUAAGUUUCUGAGCUGAUAUUAUUUGUCAUAACUUUUCUAAAUAGCAACAAAAGAUUAAGUUACAAACUAAUGAAUGGAGUUCGGUCUGUAUUCUUUCCUACUAGGAGUUGUUUUUAUGACUAGGCCAGCUGCUCUGCACAUUUGAACAACUCUUAUGUCAGUAGCAGGUUACAGCAGUCUGAAGAUACUUUUCACAGAUAAAGUUAAUUAAGGAAUUAAAGGAAUUGAAGAAUUAGAAUUAAAGUUAUGUGGAGUGACUUCUUUAUGUUCCCUUCACAGAAACAUACAGCUUUAAAGUCCAGAAUAAGCUGCUGGGAAAAUGCCUGCAGGUACAAGAAGGCUCUUAUGGAGGCAGAGUGUCUCUGGGUGAUUGCAGCCCUUUGUCAGCCCUACAAGAAUGGCAGUGGCUCCCAGAGAGUCAAGCUCUCAGCAGUCAUCACACCGGGGAGUGUUUGACUGCACCAGGAGAGCAGUAUGAAGGUGUCCAUCUGCAGCCAUGCAUCUUCACUGCUGAAAGAGACGGGACCGGUGAUGGAGGGGCUAUGGCGGAAAAGAACAGGGAGGCAAGCAGCCAAGCCUGGUCCUGCUCCAAGAAAGGACACAUCACUCUGAUUGGGAGGGGGCUGCAUCUUAGUGCCACACAAGAAUCCACUUUGGUCUUCCUUUCCAGGGAACAUAAGCAGGUACAAAUAUCCUAGAGAAGUGGGAUGCAGUACUUUACCACUGAGAAAUAGACGGCUAUUAGACGUCUAAUUUUUUUUUAGACCUGAUUUCAACCAUCUAGAUUCUGUAUAUUUUUAGGUGGAAUUUAGACAUUGCAUUUUAACCCAUUAUUCAAUAACUAAUUAUUUCAAAAAGCAAUUGUGAAGUGCAUAACUGAUCUCCAAGUACUAAACUAAAAUAAUUAUGAUAGCCGUUGAGCAAUGUACAGUGUAGUAUAGUAUAGCCGGCUAGUCUAAACUUGGUCUAAAUUUAUGUGAAAAUGUGUCUAAAAGAUAGAGAAAUUGGCCUCAUUCACUUUCAUCUCUCUUCUUCUUCAAUAAAGAUAUUUCCAUUCACUUGAUUAGGUUAUCUGUCAACUUUCUGACAUUGAAAGUCGACCUGUAUCUAAAACACCAUAACACCAUCCAUCUCAUGAUGCUGGUUUACCCGAGAAAUGUUUCAUCCUACUAAACAGAACCAGAACCCUUCUCAUUUGUCAACCAAGUCUGACUUGGUUUUUAGAUCUCCUCCAAAUCUGCCGCCAUCUUGGUUGUUGUUUUCCAACUUGGGUCACAGAAUACAUGUUUCAGGUUUGUGUACCAGUUACAUGGACAUGUACUUAAAAGUUAAGCUAAAAUGUAAUUUUACCCCCAGAAUGGUUUAAUUUUAAAUGCAUAGAAUUAUAUUUUGUUGAUUUGAAAAGGACUUGCAUGGAGAUUCUGACCCAGAUUGAGUAGUGGCAGCUGUCUUGCUAUUAUUCUACAGUUUAGAUCAAACAUUGCACGAUUGAAAUAUGAGUCGACAGCUUUAAAAUUGUGAAUUUAUAGAUUUCUUUUUAUCAAAUAUAAGUGCUAGAGAAAGACAAACACAGUCUCCAAAUAAAAUUUGGCUGACAUGUUUGUGCUCAAAUAGGCAUGAGUAUGCUCUUGAGUGUUGACAGAUUUUGUUUAAGAGCAAAUAAAAAAAUGGACGAGUGAUAGAAUUAUCUUGUAAACUGAGUUAGAGUGGUUAAUGGCUGAGUUAUUCUUAUUAAACAUUCAUUUGUCCCACCCUCUUUCCAAACAGGGCAGCAGGUGGCGAACCCUUGACAACCAGACAUUGUGCAGCGGAAGAGAUGGCAAACCUCACCAACACCAAGCUCUCCAUCAUCAGGAGAAACCGGUGGAACCAGAGCUACUGCCAGGUGCUGUGCUAGAUACACACAGAGAGGCCAAACCAGGCAAGGACCUCAGAAUAUCUUCUCCAAAUACUGUCUUUCUCUGUAGUGUAGCGUUCAUAAAAGUGGUUAUGGUCAUAAUUUACUGGCUGCAGAAAAGUGAAAGAAUUACAGUGAUGAUCGAUGCCAUAUCACGUGUUUAUCCUCAAGACAAGAAGCAGCCGCAGUUUUUGGUUAAAAUAGAAGGAUGUGGUAGUUUGAAUCAGAUAUAUAGAGUGAAUUGGUUUGUUCCUGUGAGUGAAACAGUGACCUCAACCAACCUAGACAUGCAAGUAGAAUUGAUGUCAAGAAGAGUUAUGAGACAGCGCAGUAAUACUACAGAGGGCAUAACUGUGAUAGAUCAUGCAGUUUAAUAUUAAAGAGCAACUAAAUAAAUAUUUUCUCUCAUUUUUAUCAACAAUCAAAUUAAUUUUUUUUUCUUCAAGUCAAAAUAUAUAAAAACACAUGUUUGUUCCACAAGAUGCUUUUUUGUGCUGCGCCUGAUUUGAGUUACAAGAUGUUUUGUGGUGUGGUCAAAAGAUUAGAUUACCACAUGCCUGCUUCAGCCUGAGGAUCUAAUUUAGCUAAGUGCGCUUAUGAUGGAUCAAUAUUUUCUCGGUGCUGGCGGAGAUCCAGCUGCUCCAUGAAACAGGAUUGCAGAGACAUGUCAGGUCGUGGCAUUGCUGAUUCAUGUUGCCUCCACACCAGGCUUUUGUUUCUGUAUGAUCUGAUAUCCUUUUCACUGCUGAAGAUAGGCAAACAGAACCGCUGCGUCUUUGCAUCACAAAUUAGCCAAAGCUGGAACACAGAAUAUAGAAAAGUUAUUUUAUUUAGGUUGUUAAUCAUUUAUAGUUGACUUUUUCUUCACUUAAAUCAUUGUUCUCCCCUUUAGUUGAAGGUACAAUGGACAGCGAGGUUACUGAGAUAUACCCUGCAAAAGAGGACCCCUUUUCUUCCCACAGCACCAAAUCCCCUGAAGAUCCCACCAUGAUUUUCUUCAGUAUGGACUACGGUGAGUCGUAGUCUCUGUCGUAACCUCUGUUGUCUGUACAGUAUGCAGGCCUUGAUACAAACUUCAACAACCUCAUUUAUUCGGCAUAAACCUGGCCAUGUAUCCACCACUAGAUGGAGAUAGAUUACUAAGAAACUCAUGACAGUGUUCGCCAAGGGUGUGUUGUUAUGAGUUGUACUGGACUUUUAUUUGCACACAGCCUUUACAGAAAUGAAACAACUCUUUAUCAAGGAGUGAAUGAAUGAUUUGUUGCUUGUUUUAAGGGAUGGGCUGGAAGAUAACCAUGCUGGUACUCAGCUCUUUGGCUCUGGUCCUGGGCACUGUGAUUCUUAUCCUCAAUGUUUACUCCAACAGGUGAGUGCCUGAACACAAACUUCACAUUAAAAACAUGAUAGGAUUGAUUAGUAAGUCGACCAGCCCUCAAAAGUGGAAUUAUUUUUCUUAUCAGCGAAUCAUUUCAAAGGCAUUUGCUCUCUUAUGUAACUGUGAAACCUAUGCACUUGAAUGAUAGCAGAAAUAUUUCAUAUAUAAAGACAGGAAUGGGUUUUUUGCAGCACAUUGGAGUCCAACUUUCAUUGACCGCACCUUCCAGUAAUCAAUUAUAACUGAGCCAAACAUUGUGAAAUUUGAAGAUAAUUGAUAACUAAUUGCUAAAUUACAUUCGGCUAACUAAGGGAAACUGCAGACAAGAGGAGACGCUAGACAAACAGCUCAGUAGGUUGUUCUGUACUCUUACUUUUAGUCUUUUUUGUCUUUCUUUAUCAGGAGGAAGAAGGUUGUGUGUGUUUUGAAGUCAUACACACCAAGACCAGAGAUGAGUGUUCCUGGAUCUCCAGCGCCCAGUGAAAGAGCCCCACUAACAGAGCACGCCAUGCGUCUCCCACACUCCACCCCGACUCUACAACGAGGAGAAAUCCUGAUUCAGUGGAAGGAUGGUACUGUAACUCCACUGUAUGAGGCCUGAAAGUUUCUUUUUUAUGUGUUUGAAGGGAAGUUUGUGUUGGGAGAGGAGAUGUGAAAACAAAAGGCAAAAUAAGGUAGUGUUUUGUUUGGGUUCUGCAGCUUUCAUCCAAGCGUUACCAGGCGGUUUCAUAAAAAUGAUAUUUCAUGGAUCAGUAUCGGAGCGUGUCAGUGAGGUUUAGCCGCCACAGGAAUAUAAAGGCCGUCCAUGGAGCUGCCAGAACAGAAAAGUUGAGUAAGAGCUGGACUUUCACUUUUCAAUAAUACUGAGUCCUGACUCCUGCUCUUAGAGAUUGAAAGGAUUGCUUGCUGGACUGUAAAGUUACUGUUUAAGCAGUCAGAAGUUGUUUGACUUAAACACCAUUUAAGGGCUCAACAAAGCAACCAAUAUAUUAGGCUUUCACUUGGAUGAAUACUUGAGAAACUUACCUUUGUUUGCCAGGGCCUCAGAUGAACCGCCGACCAGCUAUGAUAUUAAACAUGUUGUGCUGCGGUGUUGGAUAAGGCGUUCCUUUGCAUAGUUAGUUGAUUUUGCAGUUCAAAGCGGUUUUUGACGCAGCCGUUUAACACUGAACUUAACAAAUGGUUCUUCUCUAACCACAGCUAAAAUCCUGAGACUCACACCUUCAGUGUCGGGAGUAAGAAGCUCCUUUAUAGUGAAGAAAAUUAUGUAGCAGUCAUGUGACCUUCAGAAGAGUCAGUUUCUUUAUAGAAUUCAGUAUUAUUGAGCUUGAAUACACUUUUAUAUCAUGUGUCUUUGAGAUGUAGAAGAAGGGAGUCUACCUAGUUUACAGAAGUUUUGUUAUUUGUCUAACGGUAUUUUUCUGUAGUGUUAAAUUUAAAAGGCAGUUUGCACUCACAGAGGUUUUUGGAAUAAUUCAUUUGCUUAUGAAAUUUAAUUAGUUUGCGUAAAACUUUUGCCCAGCAGUUGGUAAGAAAGUCUCCACUCGCAGUGAAGAUCAUAUGUUACAGCUGGAAGAACUGUAAAAGCUCGUGUGGGCACCGCCUCGUCAACAAUUUACUAUUUUGAUUUUUUUGGCAUGCUGUAAUCUCCUUUUUGACAUCGGCCUACGCUAAUAAAUGAAAUAUUUGCGUUGAUCAUAUCGUACUGUUAUUUUUGUGACUACAUGAUGUGUAUGUCGUUUUAAGUGGGUGGAUAAAAGACUGCUGACAAGGUA